CAAUUGGUUUUCAUUUGAAGCUCAAGUCGCUUACCGUUCCUUUCAUACGCCACUGUUUCCAAUAUACAAUCGGAGAGAUGAAUAGAUUAAUUGGAAAGCCUUCUAUCGUAGACAAAUUUAAUGGAGUAUGCCUAUAUGUUUAUAAGGAAUAAUCCCUCUCUAUCAUAAGCGCUUCUUCUCUUCUUCCUUCAAGCACCUUUGCUCCUCACAUUCAUUGUUGAUUAUCACGCUCUUUUCGAAAGCCUUUCGCACCUUUCAUACAUAACUCCAAGUCGAGUUUAUUCACUCUUUUCAAGUACAUAUCUAAGUUUCCGGUCCGAGACCAAAUAAAAAUAAGAAUUCUUCUCCCCGCCGUUUCAAUCACACAACCAAAUUCAAAAUGCAGCUCCCAAUCAAGACUCUCGUCGCUCUCCUCCCUUUCUUCCUUCAAGUUAGUGCUCAAGCCUCUGGUUCCGGUACCACCACUCGUUACUGGGAUUGCUGCAAGCCAUCUUGCGCUUGGUCUGGCAAAGCUACUCUCGAAUCUGGCUCUGGACCAGUCGGAACCUGCGAUGUUCACGACUCACCUCUUUCAGACCCUACCGCAGUUGCUGUUUCUGGAUGCGACGGUGGAAACUCUUACAUGUGCUCAGACCAAUCUCCUUGGGCAGUUAGCGAUGAUUUGGCAUAUGGUUAUGCUGCCGUUAACAUCGCUGGUGGAAGCGAGGCUUCAUGGUGUUGUGCUUGUUAUGAAUUGACUUUCACCAGCACUGCUCUUGCUGGCAAGAAGAUGAUCGUUCAAGCUACUAACACCGGUGGUGAUCUUGGCUCAAACCAAUUUGAUUUGGCUAUCCCAGGUGGAGGUGUUGGAAUCUUCAAUGGUUGUACAACCGAAUUCGGUGCUCCUUCCUCUGGAUGGGGUUCACAAUAUGGUGGUGUCGCCGCCGUUUCUUCCUGCUCAACCUUCCCAGCUGCCCUUCAACCAGGUUGCAACUUCAGAUUCAAUUGGUUCGAAAGUGCCGAUAACCCAACCGUCGAUUUCAAACAAGUCGAAUGUCCAGCAGCAUUGACCAAGAGCACUGGAUGUAAGAGAGCCGAUGAUUCAAGCAUGCCAGCUCCAGAUGCUUCGGGAAGUGCAUCCGCUUCCCCAGUUGCAAGCACUCCUGCAGCAGCAACAUCUGCCAAGACCUCUUCUGUUGCCCCAACUUCAGUUAGCUCUUCAUCUGUUGUUGUAGCACCAAGCUCCGCAGCUUCUUCCAAGGCAUCUUCUGCAGCAGUUGUCUCUCACAUCGCUGUCCCUUCUUCUAAGGCUUCCUCCGCACCAGCAGUUACUUCCCAUUCUUCCGCCACUAAAUCCGCAAAGACCAGUGUCGCCGCUCCUCAUUCCACCUCUGCUUCGGCUGGCGAUGACGAUGAUACUUGCGAUGCCGAGUAAAUUACGAAAACCAGGAGUUUCGGCAUGGAAUGGAGUUUGAUGAACCGUAGAGGUAGAGGUAGAGGUAGAUGAUACGAAUCAGAUGGCUGAGUAGAGAGCCUGGCUAAAGAUGAUGAAAUAUACCUUCUUGUAAUUAUUUUCCCAAUCGCCAAAUUCAAAUAUGAAUUGAACCAACUAUUUUACAACAUCA